AUGGCGAAUAACAACAACAGGUGGUCUUCCUCAUCACAGGCCUACACUAGAUCCAACCAUGGCGACCAACCACAAUCUGAAUCUGAAGGCUCAGUUCUGUCUACUAGGAACCUUGACGAGGGAAGAAUGUCAGACAAAGUUCUUUGGUGUGAUCACUGUAAGCGCGAAUGGCAUACACGUGAAACUUGUUGGAAGCUCGAAGACAAACCUUCUAACUGGAAGAAGAAAAGUGCUUGUGCAUUUCAGGUUAGUAAUUCUGAUCAAGGGCAGCAACCUCCUCCGUCUCAGUUUCCACUCACUACGGAGCAACUAGACAGACUAUACAAACUCCUCGAGACUCCAACCCCUUCUUGCUCUAUAGCAACAAAAGGUAAUCAAAAAAUAAAAGUCGCAGAUGACUCUUUUUCAGCCAUUGCAGGUAAAGGGUCAGUUGUGUUGUCUCCAAUGUUAACUCUUAAAAAUGAUUUGAGCUCAGGGAAGAUGAUUGGCAGUGCUAAGGAGAAUGAAGGACUCUACUACCUUGACAUUGGAUAUGCAUCACAACUACCUUCAAAAACAAUAAGUUCCUGCUUUGAGUCUUUUUCUGUUUUGAAUAAUAAAUAUGACAACAUUAUGUAUGUGAAUUUUCAAAGCAUCAUCGUUCCCAGUUUUCAAUACAGCCUUAUAAACCAUCAAAACCUUUUUCUAUUAUACACAGUGAUGUUUGAGGCCUUAACCAUACAAAAUCAAUUUCAAACAAAUAUUCAAGUCUUUAGAAGUGAUAAUGGCAAAGAAUAUUUUAACACUAUCUUGGGUGAUUUUUUCCUAAAAAAUGGGAUUGUACAUCAAAGUUUAUGUCCUAAUACUCCUCAACAAAAUGGAGUGGCCGAAAGGAAAAAUAGACAUUUACUAGAGAUUUUUACACCUGUACCAAUAGAAAAUGGCCAUGAUUCUUUAUCUGAUCCUACUCCUGUCAUGAGUAACGAACCUUGUGAAUCUGAGCCUACAUUUUCUCUUGUAGAAAACAAUGAUAAUGAUGAUCUAAUUGAAAUGCCACAAAAUAAUGAGUCACUUCAACAAAACAAAUUUGAAUUAGGAAACGGAACUUGGAAAGGAAAGGUUUUUGUGAAAAAUCACCAUAAAGGAAAGGACAAGUCCACAUCUCAACACUGCCAGGAAUCUGAGCUGGGGAAUGAUCAAUUUCCUAACAAAAUAAAAGGUAAGUCUAUCUCUGUUUCUGAGAGUCGUAUUUUAUAUCCUGAUAUAGAUGAUCAUGUUGCCAUUAGAAAACCUGUCAGAUCUUGCACUAAACAUCCCAUGUCCAAUUUUAUAUCAUAUUCAAAUUUGUCUUCAUCUAUGUCUGCCUUCACUUCAAAAUUGCCUAGUGCAGAAAUUCCAAAAAGUGUACAGGUUGCUCUAAAAAUUCCAAAGUGGAGGGAAGUUGUACUUGAGGAGAUGAAAGCUCUUGAAAAGAAUAAAACUUGGAGUGUUACGUCACUACCAGAUGGCAAGAAGACAGUUGGAUGCAAAUGGGUGUUUACUGUGAAGUAUAAUUCAGAUGGGUCAAUUGAAAGGUACAAGGCCCGCUUGGUGGCUAAAGGCUUUACUCAGACCUAUGGUAUAGAUUACUCAGAGACAUUUGCUCCUGUUGCAAAAAUGAACACUGUCAGAAUUCUUUUGUCUCUUGCUGCUAACAUGGAUUGGCCUUUGUAUCAGUUAGAUGUUAAGAAUGUCUUUCUUAAUGGCGAUCUAGAAGAAGAAUCUCCUAGAGCUUGGUUUAAAAAAUUCACUCAGUCCAUGAAGAAACAAGGAUACAUCCAAGGACAGGCUGACCACACCUUGUUCACAAAAUUCUCCCAUGAUGGAAAAGUUGUUGUCUUAAUUGUUUAUGUUGAUGAUAUUCUCCUUACUAGAGACAAUACAGUGGAAAUGACAAGAGUAAAAGAGAAAUUUGCAAUAGACUUUGAAAUCAAGGACUUGGGAUUCAUGAGAUAUUUUCUAGAUAUGGAGGUUGCUCGGUCAAAAAAUGGUACUGUGGUUUCAUAG